AUGCAUUUCUCGAAACUCGCACUCUCAGCAGGCCUGUUGGCCACCGUUGCCGCUCAGGCAAAGGUCAAAGUCAUGCUCCUCGGUGACUCCAUAACCGAAAUCACCUGCUGGCGCCCGCUUGUCUGGAACCAGCUUACCAGCGCUGGCCUCGCGAACUCGGUUGACUUCGUCGGAAGCAUGUCUAGCAUUGGCGGCAGCUGCCAGAAACCGUCUGGAUUCGACCAAGGCCACGAGGGUCACUCUGGAUGGCAGGCAUACGACAUUGCGCGCAACAACAUUGCUGGAUGGGUUCAGAACACCAAGCCCGAUGUUGUGCAGUUCAUGCUCGGCACCAACGAUGUGAACAUCGGAAAGAGGAACCAGCAGAGUAUUUUGGACAGCUACACGGCACUGGUCAAGGCGAUGAGGGCGGCGAACCCCAACGUCAAAGUGAUCAUCGACAAGAUGAUCCCUACGAGCUGGAGCGACGCUACCAUCGAGGCUGUCAACAGCGCGAUCCCCAACUGGGCGUCUCAGCAGAGUACAGCGCAGUCUCCGAUUGUGGUCGCGGAUUGCUCCCGUGCGGCUGGCUACACAAACGCUAUGUUGGCUGGUGAUGGUGUGCACCCUAACAGUGCUGGCGAUCAGUUCAUCGCCCAGCAGGUUGGCCCCAAGAUCAUCCAAGCUGUCAAGGACGUGCAGGCUGGACGAACAGUCGCUAAGCGAUUCCAGUCUUAAGUCAAUAUGGAUAGAGUGUAGUUGAGCAAUGUAUAUACCGUCUCGUGCUGUGAAACCGUGUUUUAGUCUACGAUGUUCUGGAUGAUGGGUGAUCUUGCAUGUAGAGAAAGUCGCGCGCCGUUC